AUGGGUCCGAAAAAGAAGACAAGUCAACAGAAAGGAGAAACGGAAGAUGUGAAAGGAAAAGAUACUGUGACCAAACGGGGGAAAGACGGAAGGGAUAAUGUUAAACGAAGAAGGCAGGUGAAGAACUACCAGCCAAAAAAGAAAAAGGAUGACGAGAAUUUUGCAGAGAUGUACGAGCAGGAACUUAGAAAUUAUCACUCAGAGUCUCCCAAUGAAACUGAAGAUGAGUACAACAAGAAAAAAGUCUAUGAAGUUGUGACAGUGACGGGAGAUGUCCGAGGCGCGGGGACGGAUGCGAAUGUCUUUGUUACUCUCUUUGGUGAAUUUGGCAUCACACCCAAGGUCCAUCUGACCAGCAAGAGCAGCUCCGCGUUUGAAAGGAGUAAAACGGAUGUGUUCCGGGUGAGAACGAACAAUGUUGGAACAAUAAAGAAAAUAAGGAUUGAGCAUGACAAUACGGGAAUGAACGCUAGCUGGUACCUAGACCGUGUGAUAGUGACAGACAUGAACAGGCCACACCUCCGUUUUUACUUCGCCUGCAACAAUUGGCUGAGCAAGGAUGAAGGGGAUGGACUUUAUGUGAGAGAUCUCGUUGGCAGUCUCAAUCCCAUGGAUGUUCCCAAAGUGAACAAAUACGUGGUUAGAGUAUUUACAGGCGACAUCAGUGGCAGCGGAACAGAUGCUGAUGUUUUCAUUAACAUCUUUGGCCAGAACGGUGACACAGGAGAGAGAAGGCUGGACAAUGACAAGGAUAACUUUGAGAAGGGUGCAGAAGACAAGUUCACCCUUGAUGCACCCAAUCUGGGGAAGUUACGGAAAAUCACUAUAGGCCACAAUAACAAGGGAGGCUCAGCUGGCUGGUUCCUGGACAAGGUUAUGAUUGAAGACAUUGGCAACAAGUGUGUGUAUGAAUUCCCAUGCAAACGUUGGUUUGCUCUGGAUGAGGAUGAUGGCAAAAUUCAGCGAGAUAUCCUGGUGAAUGGAACGGAGGCUACAGGUAUGGUUUAUAACGUUGCCGUGGUGACGGGGGACAUCCGAGGAGCCGGUACGAACUCCAAGAUCCAUAUUGUCAUGCAUGGCUCUAAGGGGCUGAAAAACAGUGGGAAGAUUUUCCUGGAGGGAGGCGAAUUUGAACGCGCUCGGACUGACCUUUUUAACAUCGAGAUUGCCGCUCUGCUGAGCCCCCUGAGUCGCGUCUCGAUCGGGCACGACAACGCUGGUGUCAGCUCCGGCUGGUAUUGUGAAAAGGUGGUGGUGUAUUGUCCCUUUACUGGCAUAGAACAGACCUUCCCUUGUGGGAAGUGGCUGGACGAGGAUGACGGGGAUGGGCUUGUGGAACGGGAGCUUUACGAAAUGCUCUCGCUUCGUCAGAAGAGGCUGAAAAAAAAUCCAUGGUCGCUAUGGAUCUGGACCAGUGACCUUAAGGGUGCAGGCACAGAUGCUGCCAUCUUCCUCCAGGUUUAUGGUGACAAAGGAAAGUCCGAUGAAAUGAAACUGGACAACAACUCUGAUAAUUUUGAAGCUGGGCAAAUUGACAAGUUCAUGAUUGAGCUUCCAGAUCUGGGCACUUUGUACAAGAUCCGGAUAUGGCAUGAGAAGAGGAGCCCAUUUGCCGGUUGGCAUCUGAACAAGGUAACUCUUCUGAAAACCCUGACCAAAGAGAAAUAUACCUUCAACUGCGGCCGUUGGCUGGAUGUGAACGAGGAUGACCGUGAGAUUGUGCGGGAACUCACAGCCGAAGGCCCGAUGGUGACUGAAGUUCUACCAGUGAUAAAGUACCGGGUGACCGUGCACACCGGCAUGGUGAGUGGAAGUGGAACAGACGCCAACGUCUUUGCUUGUCUCAUCGGCGACCGGGGUGACACGGGGGACCGCAUCCUACAGAACAGUGUGAACACGACGAAUAAAUUCGAGAAAGGCAGUGCCGACGAGGCCAUCAUUGAAGCGGUCAACCUGGAGCAGGUGAGAAGGGUGAGAAUAGGGCAUGACGGCAAAGGAGGAAGCAGUGGCUGGUACCUUGGCAAAGUGAUAGUGAGGGAAGAUGGACAGCCAGAGAGUGAGGCUCAAGAAUUCCCCUGCUACAGAUGGCUUGACAAAAACGAGGAUGAUGGCCAGAUUAUUCGGGAGUUAGUUCCAGAUGGGAAAUCAUCUAUCCUGGAAAAUAUCGGUUACCACAUCAGCAUAAAGACGGGCGAUGUCCCUGGAGCCAGUUCGGAUUCAAAGGUUUUGUUCAAACUAUAUGGUGAAAAAGCAGACACGAAGAAAGAAUUCCUCUUGAUUUCUGACAAUGACUUAGAUGACUACUUUGAACGUGGCCGGAUAGAUAUUUUUACUCUGGACACAUCGGACAUUGGGAAGAUCAAACGAAUUCUAAUUGGGCAUGACAAUGUUGGGCUUCGAGCUGGCUGGCACCUUGCUUCUGUUCAGAUUAUCAUUCCCGUCCAUGGAAAACUGUACAACUUCCCAUGCAACCGGUGGCUGGACAAAACCGAAGCCGAUGGAAAGGUAGAGAUCGAGGUCUACCCCAGCGAGAUCAUGUCCAUUGAGAAAUUGAUAAAUUAUGAAGUGUGCGUAGUUACUGGCGAUGUGCGGAAUGCAGGAACCAACGCCAAUGUCUUCAUGCAGGUUUAUGGUGAGCUGGGUAAAACGGAGGUGCUGAUUCUGAGGAACAGAUCAAACAAUUAUGAAAGGGGAGCUUCAGAAACCUUCAAGGUUGAGGCUGCAGAUGUCGGCAAGGUCUACAAGAUCCGAAUUGGCCAUGAUGGGACAGGCUUUGGGGACGGUUGGUUCUUGGAGACUGUUACGGUGAAGAAGAUGGCCACAAAGAUGGAGAAGAAAAAGAAGAAGAAGAAGAAGAAAUCCACAGAAGAGGAGGGAGAGGAGGAGGCCAAGGAAGCCAACAUCAUGGAAGUUUAUAAUUUUAUGCCGAGACGUUGGCUGGCAAGUGAUGAAGAAGACAAGGAACUGGUGGUGGAGCUGAUACCCGAUGAAGGAUCUGAACUUGAAGCGAACACCUAUGAGGUCCACGUCCUUACUGGGACUGUGUGGGGAGCUGGAACUGAUGCAAAUGUCUACUUGAGCAUCUAUGGUGAAAGAGGAGACACCGGAGAGCGUCACCUGAAGCGCUCAAAAAACCUGAACAAGUUUGAGAAGAACCAGGUGGAUGUAUUCAAUGUCCCAGCCAUCGACCUCGGAGAGCUCACCAAAGUACGGAUCAGACAUGACAACUCUGGAAGCAACCCAGCUUGGUACCUGGAGAGGAUAGAGAUUACCGACACCAAAGAAGAAGUCACCUAUUAUUUUCCCUGCCAGAGAUGGUUGGCAGUGGAAGAAGAUGAUGGCCAGAUUGCCAGAGAGCUUGUCCCCGUGGAUGAAGCGUUUGUGCUAAAGGGUCCGGAUAGCGAUGGUUCUCUUGCAACCCUUGGCCUGGAACAGAAAGCUAAAUCUACUACAUUCACUGUCACAGUGAGAACCGGAGAUAAGAAACAUGCUGGGACAGAUGCCAAUGUUUUCAUUGUUCUUUAUGGAACCAAGGAUGACACAGGAACCAUCUACCUGAAGGCGUCCAAGACCAACAAGAACAAAUACGAGCGUGGGAUGACGGAUGUCUUCACGGUGGAAUGUGUGGACCUUGGAGACUUGAAAAAAAUAAAGAUCGGCCACGACAAUUCAGGUCGUUCUCCAAACUGGUUUCUGGAGUGGGUAGAAGUUGAUGCUCCUUGCCUGGGGUUAUGUCUGAAGUUUCCGUGUGGCCGUUGGCUGGAUAAAGCGAAAGACGACGGAGCUAUUGAAAGGGUCUUGUUUCCCGCAGAGCUACAAACCAGAACCUAUGUCCCAUUUGUUCCCUAUGAGGUCACUGUUUAUACAAGUGACAUUUUUGGAGCUGGUACAGAUGCAGAUGUCUUCGUUGUCCUGUACGGAGCCGAUGGGAUUUGCACGCGACAGAAAUCCUUGUGCCAAAACAAGAGGGAGCGAAGGAUGUUUUUUGAGAGGAACUCUGUCAAUCAAUUCAUCAUUGAGCUAGAAGACGUUGGAGAUAUACUUGAAAAGAUCCGCAUUGGCCAUGAUGGUUCAGGGAUUUAUUCAGGAUGGCAUCUUAAUCGAGUGGAGAUACGCCGGCUUUUGCCCAACGGAAAGGGUUCUGAGAAAACCACAUUUCCCUGUGACAGGUGGCUCGCUAAAUCUUCAGAUGAUGGUGAGAUCAUGAGAGAACUGGUUCCAUCCAAAGUCUUCACUGAAAAGCUCAUGAAGGAUGGAACACUCAAGCAGAUUGAAGAAGACAUUGACGACUCCCUAGAAAUUUAUACAUACAACAUUACUGUUUACACUGGCGAUGUUUACGGCGCUGGGACUGAUGCCAAUGUGUUCUUGACCGUAUACGGAGACCUGGGAGAUACAGGGGAGAGAAAACUCGGCAAAUCCGAAACAAACACGAACAAGUUUGAAAGAGGGCAGGAAGAUAUCUUCACCAUCCAAGCGGUGGACCUCGGCACUCUCUACAAGAUCAAGAUUCGCCAUGAUAACAGCCUGCCGAGGCCAGAUUGGUACCUAGAAAAAGUAGAGAUCCUGAACAACAACACAGAGGAAGAGUACCUGUUCCAGUGUGAACGUUGGCUGUCCAGGAAGAGGGAGGACCUCAUGAUUGAGAGGAUACUUUUCGAAAAAAACUACAACCUUGAUCAAAAGAGCAUGGCUGGCUUGUCUCUGAGCCGAGAUAGCAAUGCUAACAUCAAGGACAAGAAGACCGGCAGCUUGGAUGGUUCUUCUCCAGAAGGACCGCUAAUUCCUUACCACAUCACCAUCACUACGGGCAGCGAGUUUGAUUCAGACACCGACAGUCGCGUUUUUGUCAUCAUUAUGGGUCCUAAGAAACUGCAGACAGGCCGGUUGUGGCUUGAUCUCCCGGAAGGAAAGGAUGUGUUUGCAGAUGCUUCCGUCGAGAAAUUCUCCGUUAUGGGAGUGGAUGUUGAAGAAGUCAAGAAAGUGGAGAUUCUGUCCGACGUGACUGUUGUGACUGGGGUUGUCUCACACGCUGGCACUGACGCUGGUAUUUUUAUUACACUCUUUGGAUCGAAUGGGUGCUCAGAAGAGAUGCAGCUGGAAAAAAAUGGAACCAGAUUUGAGAUUGGCCAGAGAGAUACUUUUAUCAUGGAGAUCCCAGACAUUGCACCACUUAGGAAAAUGAGGAUACGGACCGAUGGGGAAGGGAGUCGCCCAGAUUGGUUUCUGGAACAGAUUAUCAUGAAGAAUCUAACCACGCAAGAGGUGACGAUAUUUACAUACAAUGACUGGUUCUCAACGCAGUGGGGUGACAAUCUUACGCUGGAGUGGGAGAUGCCAGCAGUGAUUAAUGAGGAGCAGAUGAUGGAAUACACAACAUACACCAUCCAGGUGAAAACCAGUGAUGUUGGAGGGGCCGGAACAGAUGCAAAUGUGUCCAUGAUCAUCUUUGGAGAGUACGGAGACACUGGGACUUUAGCUCUGAAGGAAUCCAACAGGUCCAAUAAGUUUGAAAGGGACCGGUUGGAUGUGUUCUAUUUUGACGACGUGCUCAGCCUCGGGGAUCUCUGUAAAGUUCGCAUCUGGCAUGACAACAAAGGAAUUGCACCCGGCUGGCACCUCGAAUACAUUGAUGUGGAAGAUUCCAUCCUGGAUAAGAUGUUCCGCUUCCAGUGCGACCGCUGGCUGGCGAAGGAUGAAGAUGAUGGACAGCUCAUACGGGAACUAGCUUGUGCCAACAACGACAUCCUUGAACUGAAGGAGCGUACCUGUAGAGGAGCGACAGAUGUAUUUGAGUUUUCUUCAAAGAACGUGGGCGACAUCGCGGCCAUCUGUGUUGGUCACUGUCCAAAAGACGGGAAGAAAUCAAGCAUAAAAGCAGAUGUCUACUGGCAUGUUCAGGAGAUUGUCGUCACAGAGAUGGAACUUUGCAACAAGUAUUUCUUCAGGUGCAACGCAAAAUUGCCGCUACGCGGGAAGAGAGGCGAUCACAAAGUCUUCGAGUGUGCCAAGGUGAUCGAGAGCUUCGCCAGCAAAGCUCGGAGUUUGGUGCCAGUCAAAUAUGAGACCAUUGUGGUGACAGGAUCAGAGAAGGGAGCCGGAACGGACGCCAAUGUUUUCAUUACCAUCUUCGGAGGCAACGGGGAUUCGGGCAAACGAGCUCUCAAGCAGAAGUUCCGAAACCUCUUUGAACGGGGCAAGACGAACCGGUUUUACCUGGAGAUCCUUGAACUCGGAGAGCUGAAGAAGGUUCGGAUUGAGCACGACAGUAGGGGGUUUUCUCCCGGAUGGUUGGUUGAGCGGGUUGAGAUCACUAACUCGGCUACCGGUGUGACAACGAAUUUCCCCUGCGGGAAGUGGCUGGAUGAGAAUAGGGGUGAUGGGUUGACAUGGAGAGAACUGUUCCCAAGGAAUUGAUCUGGGUGCAAAGCCAGAUGUUGGGAAUUCGGUUCUCAGAAAAGCAACCUGUGUGACCUUAGGCAAGCUGCACAGUCUUAGGAUGCCCCCUAGAGGAGGGGAAUGGUAAAACACCUGGAAAGGGUUGUCAUCAGUCAGAAUUGGCUUGAUGGCAUACAAUUAUUAUUAAAUGGAACAUGUUCUGAUAUGCUUGAGCUUGCCCAGUUAAGCCAUUGAUCUGCAGUCUGGAUUUCAUUCCCUCUCCAACCCAAAGAAUUUGAAAACAUAUUAAUUUUUUUUGUUGGAAUGUAGAUCUAAAGAAGCUCUUUUCAUUUCAGCAUGAUUCUAAAGUGAACAUUGGCCAUUCAAUAUUUUACAAAAAUAUGUAGCAAAAGAUGCUUUCUUUUCAAUUCUCUUCCCCUUCAAUCCCAAGAAAUUUUGUGCAAUCCUGACCAAACCCCAAUAGAGUUAAACUCAUGCCUCAUUUUUCUUUGUGAAGCUUUGGCAUCAACAGACU